GGCAGAGCCCAGCUGCGGCCCUUCUUACUCAUCAAAAGCAGCAGCGAAAGCAGCUGCAGCAGCAGCACCUCGAGGAGCAGCAGCAGCAGCAACUGCAGUCAGCGCUGCUACAGCGGCCCACCGAAAGUGCGCUGCAGCAGCAGAAUAUGGACAAGCAGCAGCAGCAGCUGCAGCAGCUGCUGCAGCACGACGCUGCAGUGCAGCAGCAAAAGGGGCACCUAGUCAAGUACAUGUGGAGGAGCCUCAGGAAACACAAACUGAGAAACUUCGAAGCACUUGCAGAGGAAUUCAAUUCGCGGGGCCUCCCCCCAGACGAAGUGACUCUGACUCUGCAGCUCUACGGGCCAGUCGUCAGGCGAGAGCCAGACCUAGACAAA